AUGCCUGGCGGCGCCUGGGCGCUGGCGCUGGCGCUGAUGCUCCUGGCCCCGGGGGAAGGUCAGCAAGCUCAGGAGUGCUCUCCUGGGGGACACCAGUUUCUUCGGAGUCCGUAUAGAAGUGUCCAUUUUGACUCCUUGCAUCUCCAGCAGUCAGCUGCUCAAGACCUGAUAUGUGACCACUCCCUCUCUCCCGGAUGGUAUCGAUUUCUCAUCUUUGACAGACCUGCUGAGAUGCCAACCAAAUGUGUUGAGAUGAACCACUGUGGAACUCAGGCCCCCAUCUGGCUGUCUCUUAGAGAUUCAGAGACACUGCCACCUCCUGGAGAGAUCAAGCAACUGACAGCUUGUGCCACUUGGCAGUUUUUGUUUAGCUCUGCAAAAGAUUGCUGUCUCAUUCAAAUUCCAGUGUCUGUAAGAAACUGUGGGAAUUUUUUUGUGUACUUACUACAGCCUACUCAGGGAUGCAUGGGCUACUGUGCAGAAGCUAUUUCUGAUGCAAAAUUGCACCCAUGUGGCCCUGAUGAAAUUGAAAGCGAAGGUGGCUGUGUUCGCCAGCUGUCUGCUUCAUUGCCACCUCCACCCCCAGGAAGGCCAGAGGUUGUGGUGGAGUUGAUUGAGUCCAGACUGUUCUGUAGGUGUGCUUUUGAUGUUUCCCCUACAAACAACUCAGUGGGAUUUCUCAUAGCUUGGUCUAGGCUUUCUUCUCAAGAAAUCAAAGAGGAGCUGAAACAAGAGACCACAGUUCAAGCAUUCUCUCUGCUAGAACUUGAUGGUAUAAAUCUCAGACUUGGAGAUAGGAUAUUCUGUAGUGCUUCCAUCUUUUUCUUGGAGAAACCACAUGUACAAAGUUUAGCCAUCAAAAGCCGAGAAUUUUUUGCAGGCAUUAAGUUACAACCUGAAUUGAGCACUAUAUCAGAAGAUGGGAAAGAAUACCAGUUGAGGAUAGAGAGCACAAUUCCUAUUGUUUGUUCUGAAUUCAGUGAGCUUGAUCAAGAAUGCAAAAUCUCACUAAAACUGAAAACUGUUGAUCAAGGUAAAGAGCACUUAGGCUUGAAUUUGGCACUGUCCUCUUGUCGCGUGGACCUUUACAAGACCUCAUCCUGUGCUAAUGGAACCUGUAGCCGUGCUUUUGUGUACUACACUGCUGUAAUGGAUUUUUCUCGCGAUGGUGACAGAGUUACAAACAUUGUAGUGCAGCCUAUAGUUAAUGAGGAUUUUCUGUGGAACAACUACAUUCCAAACAGCAUCCAGAUCAGAGUAAAGGAUGUUCCAACUGCUUACUGCUAUUCAUUUACUGACCCACAUAUAAUUACAUUUGAUGGCAGGAUAUAUGACAAUUUCAAGACUGGAACAUUUGUGCUUUAUAAGAGUAUGUCACGUGAUUUUGAAGUCCACGUACGUCAAUGGGACUGCGGAAGCCUUCACUACCCUGUGUCAUGUAACUGUGGUUUUGUUGCCAAAGAGGAAGGUGAUGUAGUUACUUUUGAUAUGUGUAGUGGCCAGCUACAAGAAUCACAGCCAAAUUUAUUUGUAAAGAGCCAACAUGUAACCAGCAACAUCAAGAUAAGUGAAUCUUACUUAGGAAGAAAAGUCACGAUUUGGUUUUCUUCUGGAGCAUUUAUCCGUGCUGAUCUUAGUGAGUGGGGCAUGAGUUUAACAAUCAGAGCCCCUAGUUUAGAUUACAGAAACACUUUGGGACUUUGUGGCACUUUUGAUGAAAACCCAGAAAAUGAUUUCCAUGAUAAAAAUGGAAUUAAAAUCGAUGAAAAUUUUAAUAAUUAUGUUGCUUUUAUUAAUGAAUGGAGGAUUUUACCAGGAAAAAGCAUGUUUGACACAAUGCCAAUUUCUCUGACAUCGCCUGGAAAACUGUCCUACUGUAGCUGCUCAUUAGACACGGCUUCAUUGUAUCCUUCUUCUAAUCAUCUGGACAGUGUUUCUCAAUCAGAAAUUGCUUCAGGUUGCAAAGACCUCAAACAUGUCCGAUUCUCUUCUUUGAUACCAGAACUCGAUGUCACCUCUGAAUAUAUUAAUUCGGAAGCUUUUGUCAGAGGGAUAAACAAGCAUACAUCUGGAGAAAAUCAUUUGAAUUUCUCUCCGCUAGAACAAAAGCAUUUAAACCUAACCAAACGAGACAUAAAUUUACAGAAACAUCCUGCAGAUGAAAAACAAGAUGUACCAAAAUAUUUGGACAAUGAGAGAUAUGCACAGGACCAGGGUAGCCACAGCCAAGAAAUAAGGUGGAAUCAACAAAACAGAUGGAAACGGCAAAACUUUUAUGAGUUUUUUCCUUUGUUUGCUUUCCAAAGUCUCAGACAAACUGAUCUAGAGGGGUUUGCUUAUUUUUUCCCCGAGGACCAUGCUGAGGAUGUCUACCAAGAGUUUAUCCCCUCGUGGCCCACACCCUCUGGCCUCACUGAAUACAUCACCCUGGCUCUCUGUCAGCAGACUCUAGCCAACUCCAGCAUAGGAAGGCUCUGUCUUGCCUUUCUUGGCAAGAGACUAGACAGUGUUAUUGAUAUGUGUGUUAACGAUGUUCUGUUAAAAGAUGAUCCUAGCUGGGCAGAAGCAGGUGUGGCCCUUUUAGAAAAUGAAUGUGAAAACAGGAUUUUGGAAGAGGGGAUACAUAACACAGAAAAAUACAGCAAGUCAAUUGGAGACAUUCUUUCGGUAUUAAAAUGCCCCAAUCUAUGCAGCGGCAAUGGGCGGUGUAUGGAAUGGGGCUGUGCGUGUUUCCCAGGCUUUAGUUCCUACGAUUGUGCUGAUUCGCAUGACAAAGCUCCAGAAAUUACAGAACUUGAGAAUGCUGGAUUCUGUGAUGUUCGAAAAUAUAAUUGUGUGAUGGUGAGAGUUUUUGGUAAAGGCUUCAAAGAAUCACCCUCAAUUAAAUGUGAAGUUACUAGACUACAGUAUAAUGGCAGUAAAUGGGUUCCUGGAGAACCCAUGUAUGCACAGACUACAUUUCAAAACAGCAGAACCAUUGAUUGUCAGCUACCCACCCAUGUCCAGCAGUCUGAAACCAUGGAACCGAGGGGUGAGGAACCAAUUGUGAAGUGGCAAUUAAAGGUAUCUAAUGAUGGUCAUAAAUUCAGUAAUCCCAAAAUAAUGAUCAUAUAUGAUGGUGCUUGUCAAGUUUGUGGUCUCUAUAAAAAUGACUCAUGUACUAUAAAGGAAAAUGUUUGCAUUAUUGAUGGACUCUGCUACAUUGAAGGGGAGAAAAAUCCAACCAACCAUUGUUUGAUUUGUAGACCCAAAAUUUCAAAAUUUACUUGGUCAUUUUUAGAAAAUAACCAACCCCCAGUGGUUCAAACACCUCAAGACAAAUUACAGGCAUUUUAUGGAGAAAACUUUGAGUACCAGUUCAUGGCCAUCGAUCCAGAAGGUUCUGACAUCCAUUUUACUUUGGACUCUGGUCCUGAAGGAGCGAGCAUUUCCUCUGCAGGACUUCUUAUGUGGAAAACAGAGUCACAGGCUCCCCAGAACUUCACUCUGCGCCUUAAUGAUGACUGUGAUGCUGAAACUAGAGUCAGGAUUGAGGUGACUGUGAAGUCGUGUGAUUGUUUAAAUGGUGGAUCAUGUGUAUCUGAUAUGAAAUUUCCUCCAGGGAGUGGAGUUUACCUGUGUGUCUGCUUGCCUGGCUUCCAAGGUGGUCUUUGUGAAGUGGCUGUCAGUGGGUGCCAAUUAAACCCCUGUGGUUUUGGCAGAUGUGUUAGUGGUUUUCACAGUUAUUCCUGUGCUUGUCCACCUGGGCUCAAAGGCAAAAAUUGCCAGGAAGAUGUUGAUGAGUGUGAAUCUGGGCCCUGCUUUCCAGGAGUAGAGUGUCUCAAUACCUUUGGUUCUUACCAUUGUGGUUCAUGUCCAAAAGGAUUUUAUGGUGAUGGAAAAAUAUGUCAUGAUAUAAAUUUUCAGCCACCAUCAACAGAGCCUUCGGUAAUUGGUACAAGCUUUAGCCAUAGUCCUGCUACUAUCAAAAAGUUCCUGAACACAAGCAACAUCUCACGCUUGUCACUAAAAUCAGUUACAGCUCAAAUGGAUAAUUCAAAGAAGGCUAUUUUCUAUGAGAUAUCAAGUUUUGAACAUGUGGAUCAUAUUCGCAGUACAAAUCUCAGUCUGGAAAGGUUGGAAAUUCUUGAGAACAACCACAGUUCUUUAAGCAUUAACCUAAACAGCUCCCAUGGCGGAGUAACGGAUGUUAUCCAGAACACCAUCCAAACAAAGACAGGAGAGUAUAAUUCUCAAAAGAAUGGGUAUUCCCAAGCUUACACACAGCAUAAGGAUAGGCUUGUUUCACUGGUUACUAAAGCAGUCACUAUUUUGCCAGGAAAGUUUGGAUCAACCAAAAUAUCAACUUGUGCUGAAUCACCUUGUUUUCUUGGCGUUUCCUGUGUGCAAACCACAGAUGGUCACUUCAAAUGUGGACGCUGCCCAUUUGGGUAUUAUGGAGACGGUAUCAAUUGCAGAGCCAUUUGUAGACACCCAUGUGGAAAAAGCAGGGCAUGUGUUGCUCCAAACAUAUGCAAAUGUAAACCUGGUUAUACUGGUUCUCACUGCCAAACUGCUGUAUGUCAUCCUGAUUGCAAAAACCAUGGAAAAUGUAUUAAGCCUAACAUUUGUGAAUGUCCUCCAGGACUUGGUGGAGCAACCUGUGAUGAAGAAUUUUGCAACCCACCUUGUCAGCAUGGUGGCACGUGCUUGGCUGGCAAUCUCUGCACUUGUCCUUAUGGUUUUGUAGGACCAAGGUGUGAAACAAUGGUUUGUAACAGGCACUGUGAAAAUGGAGGUAAAUGUCUUACACCAGAUGUUUGCCAGUGCAGGCCUGGCUGGUAUGGACCCACCUGUAGUACAGCUUUGUGUGACCCUGUUUGCCUCAAUGGUGGUUCCUGUAAUAAGCCAAACACUUGCCUCUGUCCAAAUGGAUUCUUUGGUGCACACUGUCAGAAUGCUAUCUGCCAACCUCCCUGUAAGAAUGGUGGCCACUGCAUGAGGAAUAAUGUGUGCUUCUGUCGUGAAGGAUACAUUGGUAGAAGAUGCCAAAAAAGCAUCUGUGAUCCUAUAUGCAUGAAUGGAGGAAAAUGUGUGGGACCAAACAUUUGCUCUUGUCCUUCUGGUUGGAGUGGAAAACAAUGCAACACACCUCUCUGCUUUCAGAAAUGUAAAAAUGGUGGUGAAUGUACUGCUCCCAGCAUAUGCCAUUGUCCUUCCACCUGGGAAGGCGUGCAGUGUCAAAUACCAAUUUGCAAUCAAAAAUGUCGUUAUGGAGGUAGAUGUAUAUUUCCCAAUGUGUGUUCGUGCCGCACUGGAUAUUCUGGAGUCAGAUGUGAAAGGAAAAUACAGCGAAGAGAGUUUUUCAGUCCUAAUUCCUACAAAUACCAGGGUAGCUCUAAUGAUCACAAAAACAUUGCAGCAGACCUCUAA